AGCAGAAGCAACCCUCGUCUCCCCACCGGUCGCCGCCCCCCAAAUUCCCCUCCUUUCCUCCCCGCUCCUCGGCCCGAUCGAAUGGCCGCGCCUGGAUCGCGCCGCGCCGGAGCCCAGAUGCCCCCGCGUCUCCUGCUCCUGCUCCUCCUCCUGGCCGCCGCCCUCCCGCCGCCGGCCGCGUCCCGGCUCGGCGACCACGAGCCCCCUCCUCCGCCCCCGCACCCGCGCGCCCGCCAGCACCGGGCCCAGAGCGGCGGCGGCACCGGGGGCGCGAGCCGCGUGCUCACCACCGCGCUCGUCGCCGCCGCGUCGCUCCUGGCCGUGCUCCUGCUCUACCUCUGCGUCGCCAUCGCCGUGCGCCGCAUCCGGGGGAAGGGGGAGGGCGGCCGCGCGUCGCGGCAGCAGGCCUCGCAGUCCUCCCGCGCGGCCGCGUUCCUCCGCCGCCACGGCCUGCACCACAGCCGCCCGGCCUUCACCUACGAGCAGCUCCGCGCCGCCACGGCCGGGUUCGACGCCGCGCGCAAGCUCGGGGACGGCGGGUUCGGGACGGUCUACCUCGCGUACCUCCCGCCCGCGGGCCGCCCCGCCGCCGUCAAGCGGCUCCACGUGCCGCCCUCCCCGUCCCCGUCCUCCGCCACCAUCACCAAGUCCUUCUGCAACGAGGUGCUCAUCCUCUCCGCGCUCCGCCACCCGCACCUCGUCCGCCUCCACGGCUUCUGCGCCGACCUGCGCGCGCUGCUCCUCGUCUACGACUUCGUCCCCAACGGCACCCUCUCGCACCACCUCCACCGCCGGGGCCGCGACGCCGCGGCCGCCGCGCAGCUGCCGCCGCCGCUCCCGUGGCGGACCCGGCUCGCCAUGGCGGCCCAGAUCGCGUCGGCGCUGGAGUACCUCCACUUCGCCGUGAAGCCGCACGUGGUCCACCGCGACGUCACAUCCUCAAACAUCUUCGUGGAGGCGGACAUGCGCGCGCGCCUCGGCGACUUCGGCCUGUCGCGGCUCCUGGCGACGCCCGACGCCUGCUCCACGGCGACCGGGCGGGAGGUGGUGUGCUGCACCGCGCCGCAGGGGACUCCCGGGUACCUGGACCCGGACUACCACCGGUCGUUCCAGCUGACGGAGAAGAGCGACGUGUACAGCUUCGGCGUGGUGGUGCUGGAGCUGGUGACGGGGCUGCGGCCCGUGGACGUGGGCCGGGAGCGGCGGGACGUGACGCUGGCGGACUGGGUGGUGUCCAAGAUCCAGAUCGGCGAGCUGAGGGAGGUGGUGGACCCGGCGGUGCUGGGCGAGCUCCCCGGCGUGAUGCCCAGCGUGGAGGCGGUGGCGGAGCUGGCGUUCCGGUGCGUGGCGCCGGACAAGGACGACCGGCCCGACGCCCGGGAGGCGCUGGCCGAGCUGAGGAGGAUCCAGGGGAUGCUCCCCGAGCUGUCCAGCCACAAGGACUCCUCUUGACUUUGGAUUGCACAGAUCAGAACUGAGCCAGCUCUGCAAAAUCUCGGAUUGUUGAUGGCUGCGGUUCAAAUCCUGAUCUCUUUGGCUGGCAGAUUAGUCGCACUGAUCGUUGCAUUUGUCGAAGACGAGUGCCUCAUUGUGGAUGACCGGAUGGCAAAUCUGUUCAGACAUGUCGCGACCCAAAUCCAAGGUACGUGGAGGUUUAUAGAUAUACUGAGAUCAAUCAACGGUAGGAGGACACUGUGACAGUAAUACGAGCUUGAUUGUGUCGGUUCUGUGAGCUCAAGGAGUAGCACGAGCAAGCUCCUCCGCCUGUUGUGUUUGGCAGUGGCUUGUGAUCAAAAUGAACAACUGUAUGUAACAUAACCCGGCCGUUCUUGUCAAGAUGAACACCUGUAAGUUGGUUCUGUAGUCAAGAAACUGAUGCUUGGUACGUACGUAUGAGACAGGCACCCCACAAUUGGGUUCUUGUUAUAUCGCAAGUGGUAGUAUUAAUUUUCUCCAUGAUGAUGAUUAUCCUAUCAUACAGUUGA